CCCAUCCUUCCAUGAAUGCCCUAGACUCUUUUGACAUCACGCCAUGAUAGACACCGAUAACCUCCACGACGUGCUAAACACGGACAUCAAAACACCGAUUCCGGAGUCAACCGUCUCUAAGAUCAUCUCCCUGCCUCCAUUCAUCACUAUUUCCGGAGUCUCGAAUUUCCGAGACUUAAGCUAUGAGAACAACAUACGCCCAGGCUAUGUCUACCGGUCUGCGAAUUUGUCGGACAUUACGGAAGACGGAAAAGCGAUGCUGGCUGCCGACUUAGGCAUUACGACGAUUUUCGACUUACGAAAUGAGGGCGAGAGAGAAAAGGCCCCUCCUCCCCAAAUCGAAGAAGUUGACACAGUCUGGAUGCCCUACGGCUCCAGGCCAGCAUCGCUAAAUCUGCGCGACUUUGCUGGGGAGGACCAUGGUAGUAGUGGGUUUGUCAAGAUGUACAUGGGUAUACUUGAGGCAUGUGUGCCAGCGUUCACCCAGGUGUUUAAACAUAUCAGGGAUCAACCCGAUGAUCCGUUCGUUUUCCACUGUUCCGCCGGCAAAGAUCGCACGGGCGUUCUAGCAGCACUGGUACUGCUCCUCAUGGGGCGGCCUCAAGACGAGAUCAUCAAGGAUUAUAUUCUCACGCGGGCGGGAUUGGAAAAUGUGCGAGAGAAUCUGACACAGGCUCUGGCUCUGGACGAAGGUACCGACCAUCUACGCCCCGAAGCGAUCGGCAUGUUAGAGCUGAGUGGUGUUCGGGCGCAGGCCAUGGCGGCCUUCCUGAAGACCUUCCGCUCCACAUACGGCAGUGGCGCCGAGGGAUAUUUGACCACAAAGCUUGGCUUUUCCCAUGGCGAUAUCAAGCUCAUGUACAAGAACUUGGCAGCCUGAGAGAAUUUUGAGCGAGCGUAUAGAUAUAGCAUUUAGAAAUAGAAACAG